UGCCGGCACGCAGACGCUGCUGCUGCUGCUGCUGCGUUGUAAGGUCAAUCGCAAUUAGCGCCGUUGUCUUAAUAAUUAAACCUUCGGCUGUGACCCCCCCCACACACACACACAACAACAACAACCACCACCACCAUCAUCAUCAUCACCCACUGAAGCCGGAUUAAUAUCGCGUGCCCCCCACCACCACCACCAACAUCAACAACGAGGGAGAGGAGGAGGAGGAGGACACGGCGGAGGAAGAGGCGCGGUGGAGGGGGUCAGGGUCCGGGUCGGCCACGUCUGUCCCGGCUCCGCGUCGGCCGCGAUGGCUUCGGCCGCGGAAGCGAAGUCCUUCCCACGGAAGGAUCAGCCGGAUCCAGGCGGAGUGACCGCUGCGGAAAUGGGACCGCUGCUGUCGGGACGCACCGAUGCGGGGACGACUUCUGGUGGAGCCACUGAGGAGGAAGAAGAGGAGGAGGAGGUUCCGCUGAGAGUCAUCACGCUGCCCGAGCAGGCCCACCACGCCAUGGAGAAGAUGGAAGAGUUUGUGUACAAGGUGUGGGAACGGCGCUGGCAGGUCAUCCCGUUCGACCUGCUGCCCAGCUGGCUCCAGGACAACGAUUACCUCCUGCAGGGCCACCGGCCGCCCAUGCCGUCGUUCCGCGCCUGCUUCAGCAGCAUCUUCCGCAUCCACACGGAGACCGGCAACAUCUGGACGCACCUCAUCGGCUUCGUGCUGUUCCUGUCGCUGGGCGUGGUGUACAUGCUGCGCCCCAACAUGGCGUUCGUGGCGCCGCUGCAGGAGAAGGUGGUGUUCGGCGCGUUCUUCGUGGGCGCCGUGCUCUGCCUGUGCUUCUCCUGGCUCUUCCACACCGUCUACUGCCACUCGGAGAAAGUCUCGCGCACCUUUUCCAAGCUCGACUACUCGGGCAUCGCGCUGCUCAUCAUGGGCAGCUUCGUGCCCUGGCUCUACUACUCGUUCUACUGCUCUCCGCAGCCGCGCCUCAUCUACCUCGUCAUCGUGUGCGUGCUCGGCGUCGCCGCCAUCGUCGUCUCGCAGUGGGACCGCUUCUCCACGCCGGCCUACCGGGCGGUGCGCGCCGGCGUGUUCCUGGGCCUGGGUCUGAGCGGCGUGGUGCCGACCGUCCACUUUGCGGUGGCCGAGGGCUUCGUGAAGGCCACCACGGUGGGGCAGAUGGGCUGGCUGCUCCUCAUGGCGGUGCUGUACAUCACGGGCGCGGGGCUGUACGCCGCGCGCGUGCCCGAGCGUUUCUUCCCGGGAAAGUGCGACAUCUGGUUCCAGUCGCACCAGAUCUUCCACGUGCUGGUGGUGGCGGCGGCGUGCGUUCACUUUCACGGCGUCUCCAACCUGCAGGAGUUCCGCUACUCGCUCGGCGGAGGCUGCACGGACGACACGCUCUUCUAAGGCGCGGGGCCGGCACGGACGAGCCGCCCCUCAUCGCCGCCGCCAGCAGCAGCAGCAGCGGUAGCAGUAGCAGCCGUCACUUUAGGCGGGCGGAGCAGUGUUUCUGCUCCCCCCCCCACCCCAGUCCCGGUCCCUUUCCAUCCAUUCCCGUUAAUUCCGGACGCUGCACGCUGGUCUGGUAAAGUGUGGCGUCGUGAGGGUGCCGGCUGCCGCCACCGCCGCGAUCGGUGGCGGUGGCGACGUUUACUUGAAAGUAUGCCGAUGAAUCGGCGACAGUGCGUCCACUUUUUGACCGUCGAUGAAACCGUCCACUGGACUCUCCUUCAACCGUCGCGUUUGCAGUUCCCAUGUCGGCGGUGGGCCCCAGGCGGUAGCCGUGUCGGCGCAGGGGAGUGCGCUCUGCCUGUUGUCGCGAGUUAUUUUCUGCUCUUGCCGCCGUUGGUGCGAACCCGUGCGACCUUGUGCGACCUCGUGCGACCCCGUGCGACCUUGUGCGACCUCGUGCGACCCCGUGCGACCUUGUGCGACCUCGUGCGACCCCGUGCGAACCCGUGCGACCUCGUGCGACCUCGUGCGACCCUGUGCGACCCCGUGCGACUUUGUGCGACUUCGUGCGACCCCGUGUAACCUCGUGCGACCCCGUGCGACCUCGUGCGACCCUGUGCGACCUUGUGCGACCCCGGGCGACCUCAUGCGACCUCGUGCGACCCUGUGCGACCCUGUGCGACCCUGUGCGACCCCGUGCGACCUCGUGCGACUUUGUGCGACUAAGUGCGACCCCGUGUAACCCCAUGCGACCUCGUGCGACCCCGUGCGACCCCGUGCGACCUCGUGCGACCCCGUGCGACCUCGUGCGACCUCAUGCGACCUCGUGCGAACCCGUGCGACCUCAUGCGACCUCGUGCGACCUCCUGAGACAGGGGCUGAGAUGGAAGGGGGCGAAGGCGCCCUGGGCGCGGAACAAACGGCUCAUUUUGACGUGCGCCGUUAAAUCCUCGCUGCGUGACCGACCGUGCGUUCAUUCCCCUCUCCGCUGCCAACCCUCUGGGGGGUGGGGGGUGGGGGAGUGUAAACUCGCUGAAUUUGUUCAGGGAUGGAACAAGCCUCUGACAAUCUGGUUUUGGGUUUUUUUUUGUCUCCUUUUUUUUGGGGAGGGGGUCUUGCGGAGCGAGACGGUGGCGGCGUUUAGAUCUUCAUCCGUUGGUCACCCUUGUCGAGAAAGUUUUCUCUUUUCAGCAUUUCAUCGAAAGCGGGGGAGGGGGGGCGGGCGGGGGGCUCCACCGUGUGGAUUGGGAUGCCCACUGGUUGCGCUACGGCCCGGACGUCACCUUCUGAGUUGAGCCGUGCGGCACACGCGGUAUGGAAAGCUAAAAGGUGCAGCCCUGCGGCUGCUUUGAGCAGCUGCCGGCAGAAGGGCCCUCCCGCCUAUUUCCCGAGAGCCCUUUCUGGCAGGCGCUUGGCCUACUCUUCCAUGCUGGCCAGACGUCUUGAAGGAGGUGGGCUUGCGCACGCGCUCUGGCCAACCGCGCGCGACCUGCCGAUCGACUCGCCGUGGUGAACCCAUUUAUGCUGCCGGGUGGAUAGAGGUUGGGGGGGAGCGGGGAGAUUAAAAAAAAGUAGCCCGUUAUUUCAGAUGUUUUUUUUUUUUGCAAAAAAAUAUUUUGUUAUUUUACUGGGUAAGACCCACUGAGCUAUAAUAGCUCUUUUUCAGAAGCGACCUGGCUUCCACAAAUGAUAGCCCAAUGAAGGGGAAAUGUAUAGCAGCAAAAUACUCUGAACGCACGUUGAUUCUAAAUGUGGAGGUAAAAGCCAAGGGACCCCGAAAAAAUCCACGCGACCACGUGGAAAGAGAGAGACACGCUAACGUCAUAUACAGCAGGCGUUAGGGUCAGGGUGGAGCCCACGACCUCCUGCAUACCAGGCGAAGUAGUUAACAUCUCCUAGCCACCGUGACGAUGAUGAGAGAGAGAGACACGCAAACGCCAUAUACAGCAGGCGUUAGGGUCGGGAUGGAGCCCACGACCUCCUGCAUACCAGGCAAAGUAGUUAACAUCUCCCAGCCACCGUGGUGAUGAUAAGAGAGAUACACGCAAACUCCAAAUAUACAGCAGGCGUCAGGGUCGGUAUCAAACCCACGACCUCCUGCAUACCAGGCGAAGUAGUUAACAUCUCUGAGCCACCGUGAUGCCCCACGAAUCAAACCGGCGACCACUGCAUUAAGUCCACCAUGGCAGAAUUCCCCUAUGGGAGUAGAGCUGUGGGUACAGCAUGCCCAUCGGGAGCAAUGCCAGCGGUGCUGGUGAUGAUGAUGAUGAUGAUUUAACACGUAGGCUUUCGCGACCAAUGUUAUUCAUAAUCAACGUUUUUGGGUUUAGAUCGCGUUAUUUAUAAAUCUGGCGAAUUGCCCGAUGAUGCUGGAUGCAAUUACCAGCGAAACGUCGUACUCAAAUUGUAAAUGUUGUGGCUUCAACACACCGGUGGGCUAAAGCAGUGAACUAUUUGUCUUUUGUCAACGUGACACUUUUUUACUGAUUGGCCGUGUCGGGUGGUGGAGGGUUACGACACAUUUAUAAAUAACGCGAUCUAAACCCAAAAACGUUGAUUAUGGAUGAUGAUGAUGAUGAUGAUGAUUAUUUACGCUUCUUUUUCCAAGCAAGGCCUCAAGACUCGUUUUUCAGGAGGGUCCUCUCAGAUUUUUUGCAGUUGGGGGAUGAUGUUAUUUGCGCCCUUUCAGAUGCCCUUCCGCGGCCGUCUGGAACACGCUUCCCCUUCCGAUAUUAGGUAGCCGCUGGCGCUGUGCACUUUUAAAUCCACGUUGAAAACUCUUUAGAACUGAUUAUUGUGCUCGGUUUUGCCGUCCUUCCCCCGCACCUCCGAUCAGCACGGUUGGAUACGUACGUUGUGAAAGAAGUUCAACGUACAUACAAACAGUCCAAAUUUAGUCAGUCGCAGGUUAUUUUGUCCAGCAUUGGGAUGCUGGGCCAAUACUAAUUAAACGUGUGCACGUGUGUGUGUUGUAGCUAUAGUGGGGAGCGGUAGUGUAGCAGUUAGCGCUACGCUGCGCUACAAACCUGGCGACCCGGGUUCGAUUCCCGCUCACAGCCAACAUCAGUGACGAUUAUCUGAACCGGUCCUGGGCCUCCCCUAGGUCGACUCAGCCUCAAAUGAGUAUGUAAGCAUCGCCACUGGGGAGACAAAGGCGGCCCGGCGUGGUGUUGGCCACCCACCCCCUCGUGUGCCGUGCCAGCCUUCAUGAGGUGAUCGCUAACAGCACUUGCCCCAACAGUCUGUUAAGGCUAUACGGGGGAUCUUUGUCUUUGUAGCUAAACCCAUGCAGAGCGUGUAGAGAACGUACCAACUCCAUGCAGAGUUGGCACCAACAUGAGCAGUUGAAGCCAGGCCCUUCUCGCCACGAGGCACGAGUGUUGCCACCCUGCCACCCCAGAGAGCCAGCUGCCAUCACAAAUAGCCCAUUGCCUUCCAUCAGUGCAACGCAAGCGUGGGUGGUGGGUGUGGGUGGUGAGUGUGGG